AUGAACUGUGUCAGAAGGAAUAAUCAUAGUAUCACAUCUGAAUUCAUUCUCCUGGGGCUCCCUAUCAACCCAGAACUGAAUGGCAUAUACUCUGCCCUGUUCCUGGCCAUGUACCUGACCACAGUACUAGGGAACCUGCUCAUCAUCCUGCUCAUCAGGCUGGACUCUCGCCUCCACACCCCCAUGUACUUCUUCCUCAGCCACUUGGCCUUCACAGACAUCUCUUUCUCAUCAGUCACAGCUCCAAAGAUGUUUGUGAAUAUGCUGACACACAGUCAGUCCAUCUCAUAUACUGGGUGCAUUUCCCAGGUGUAUUUUUUCCUACUUUUUGCAGAUCUUGACAGCUUUCUUCUGACCUCCAUGGCCUAUGACAGGUAUGUGGCCAUCUGCCACCCUCUGCACUAUACCACCAUCAUGAGUCAGAGUCUCUGUGUCCUACUGUUAAUUGUGUCCUGGGUCUUGUCCUUUGCCAGUGCCAUUUUACAUACCCUUCUGCUUGCCCAUCUCUCUUUCUGUGGGGGCAAUACUCUGCCCCACUUCUUCUGUGACCUCUCUGCUCUGCUUAAGCUGUCUAGCUCAGACACCACCAUCAAUGAACUGGUUAUCUUCACUGUAGGAGUGGUGAUCAUAACUGUGCCAUUGAUAUGUAUUCUGGUUUCUUAUGGCUACAUUGGGUCUACCAUCCUAAGAACUCCCUCCACCAAGGGAAUCUGCAAAGCCUUAUCCACAUGUGGCUCUCACCUCUCUGUGGUUUCUCUGUACUAUGGAGCCAUUAUUGGGCUAUACUCUUUUCCUUCACCUAAUUACAGUAAUGACAAGGAUGUAAUUGUAGCUGUGAUGUAUACAGUGGUCACACCCAUGUUGAAUCCCUUUAUCUACAGUCUGAGAAAUCGAGAUAUAAAAGGAGCACUGAGAAAUAUGCUCAACAGAAGAUUGGAGUUUUCUUCCUAG